CUCGUUUGGAUUGCAUCGGGUAUUAAUGGUGCUUCGAAUCCCGUAAGAAAUACUCGUUGUCCAGCUCCGAUAUAAAGAGAGGUUGUGCCUGUAUUUUGUUACGCAGAACAUCACCUCAGCAUGCGUGCGAACGCCAGGUUACUGAACAGCGCGUUGGUGUUGCUGUUCGGCGCUGUCGUUACGAUCGCUAAGGAGGACGCGAUGUCCAACUACGAAACGGUUCACACGAGCAACGCGGCCAUCUUGAAUCGCCUCGGUUUGUCGCCGCUUCAGAUACCGGACGGUCAUCACAAGAAACGUUUGGCCGGCCCGGAGCCGCCGGGUUUGAAUUCCCAGACGCGGAUCCAUCAGCCCUACAGCCGUCGCCACGGGCACCGGGACAGUCACGUUUACAUAGUGAAGCUUCCGGCGAGUCCGCCGUAUUACACGAUCACGAAACCGCACAAGUCCGUGAAAGACGAGAAACUGACCAAGAGCGAGUCGAACUUUCCCAUGGGAUUCCAGGGGAACGGUAAACCGGCGAAGAUCUAUCAUUGGAACCUGCCAGUGGUGAAGAAGAUCACCGAGAAGAAGAGGCUGCAGACGCAGAUGAAGCUGGACCUGGCCAAGAAGAAGCUCGAGGACGCGAAGAAGUACCAAGGCACGCUGCUGAAGAACUUCGAGGAGGAUCGUCCGGAGAAUUUGAAGAUCGCCCACGAGCCUCAGGAGAAGAAAUAUUACAGCGCGAAAAAUAACAAGAUCCUCUUGCGUCAGAAGACCAGCGCCGGUAAACACGUGAGGAACAACGACAAGAGGCUGAGCUAUCCCGAUCACGAGGAGAAGAAGACCGAAUCGAAGAAGAAUAACAGCAACGGGAACAAAACGUACAGGCUGAACGAUUCCGGUAUGCACAGGAUCCACCUUACGAACGAGCUUCACGGCUCGAGGAACGCGGCAAAGGUGAAGAAACACCGGAAGAAGGCAGCUAUGUCGUACUACGCGCCGAUCGCCAGCAAGUCCGGUUCCACGAGCAUCCACAAGAACUUCCCCGGAAACGGCAAGCCCAAGGCGUUCUACGUAAUGGAGAAGAGUCGCAAACCUGUCUACUAUCACCCUUUAUUACCUUAAUCCUCGUGCCCGUGCUCGCAUGUGUGUAAUCACGUUACGUGUUAACGGCCCGUGAGCUUGUUAGCCUAAGUAGUCGCGCAAUCACCACGGUUAGACAAGAACAGGGGCCGUCGUUCCGUAAGACGACAAUGGAAUUUUCAAGAACCACAGAACAUGAGAGAUCGAGAGAGGGAGAGAGAAAGACAGAGACUAUGAUCUUUCGAUAAAAAAAAAAUCGUCCUUACUCGAAGUUACGUGUAUCCUGCAAAGCCGUUCCACUUUCGUUACAGUUGUUAGGAGGUUAGUUUAGGUUGUCGGAACUUUCCACGGAAAGGGCGAACUUAAAUUAGGAUAAUUUAAGGGUGUUCCGCGACGCCUGGGGCCCCGAGUUCUCGCGCGACACUCGGCUAGAACCGCGAAUGGAAACGAUCUAUCGGCGGCGUUGUUAACGUCUCGCCCCGAUCCUCGUUUCCCGUUGCCACGAUUUAACUUGUACAAUAUAUUUUUAUAAGUUCAACAGAUACUUUUUCUAUCGACACGGCGUCAGCGUCGUUUCGCUAUGUGCUUCGGGCGACUACUCUGGGGAGACGUGAGUUGGCGCCGGUCGACGGCGGAGGAGUAAUGCUCUCUGUGUCCUCUGGAAGCGAUCGUUCGCGAGCCAAUUCUUAAGAAAGACUGGACAACGCACGGUGUCUUGGGAACAGAUCGUCUCAACGCUAAAACCUUUGCUGUUUUAAAUAAUCGAAGGAUUUCUUCUUCCCUUUUCUGAAUCUUUAUUUCAAAUAAACAAAAAUAUUCGAUACUUUGCUUUUAGUACUUAAAGACUAAGCUACUUGCUUCAAAUUCGAUGCUAAAAUUUACUUGGUCUGAUCAGUUGCGGUGUAAUCUCCUUCCUGCAAACCCAGGAAGGAGAUUUAUACUUUUAAUAAUGGCCAGACUAACUAGUUCGCUUCUGAUUCUAAUAAAUGUUUUUAUAUGAAAAGAAUUGUUGUUGAAAGAUUAAAGCAGUGCUCGAAAUGAAUAAAAUAUUUACUUGCAUCGCUGUGAGGCAUUGUAUACGCUUUCAAUUUAGUUUUUACUUUAUACUAGACGCUGCUCAGUGUCUUUUACGGAUAAAGUACACGUUCAGGAGGACCUAAAAUAUCGUAAAUUCACAGAAUAAUAGACCUUUGAAUAUUAUAUUAAACGAAACGACUAGUUUUUGAGUAGCAGAAUUUUAAGAAUGAACUUUUCAAUAAAAGCUACUUUACGGAAUGAAUCUAACAUUUAUUUAUUCGUAAUUCGCUAAAAAAAAACUAACGAGGGAUACCUGCGUAUUCUUUCGACCAUUUAAACCAGCGAAAACAUUAAAACGAUCUGUUUCCAGUAAAGCACUUUGUAUACUUCACGACAGGAUGUACUAUGCCUUUUCUACGUAUUGCCGCGCAAGGAUUUUUACUGGGUUUUUUAUGACUAAAUUGCAGAGCGCGAAAGCAACAAACAUUUUUUAUAUUCUUAUAUAUAAAUAAAUAUAUAUAUAUACAUAUAUAUAUACAUGUUAUAGGAAGAAG